UUUUCAUUUGAUAGCAGACGAAAAUAGUUCACUAAAAAUGUUUUUAACUGCUGCUCUUUGACCUAAUUAAUACCGGGAAUGCUGUAAGUCAAUAAUCCUGUAUUCAUUCAUUUACUUCCACAGUAAUGAUGGGUCCGGUUUCAUGGAAAAAUGCGUCCACUUUGAUCGUAUUAGCUCGAAAUCGCCUAAGUCAGGCAACGCACAUUAAAGCCAAUGAACAACAAAAAAAGCAGCCUGAUUACAGUUGUAUGUUAUUGAAGCGUAGUUCUCAAAGCAAAUUCUUUGCAAAUGCCUUUGUGUUUCCUGGAGGAGCCAUCGAGGUUGCAGACUUUUCACCAUCUUGGCUAGAGCAUUUCAAUGAAAAUGGCUUUAAUCGAGAAAAGUUGACAUCUGAAUUUGUUGUUUCUAAGCAUGACAAAGUCCCGCUGUAUGGCAAUGCUCCACAUCCAGAUUGCAUUCCUGAAGUAGGUUAUCGUAUCAGUGCCAUCAGAGAAACAUUUGAGGAAACAGGUGUUUUGUUCUGUAAACCCAUUCAAAGUCAUAAACAGUCUAACAACGUCCUUAAAAUUGACGAUUUAAUUGAAUGGCAAAAACGUGUUCAUCAUAACCCAGAAGAGUUUCUUCUCUUGUGUAAAAAGUAUUUUUUGCUUCCUGACCUUUGGUCAUUGUAUGAAUGGUCCAACUGGCUUACCCCUGUCAACAUGGGGCCAAAACGAUACGACACUAUAUUUUAUAUUUGUGUUGUCGAUGAUUUACCUGACGUGCGAAUCGACGGAAGCGAGAUCAUCGAACUUUUGUGGGCUGAUCCGUGUAGCGCGGUUUGGAAGCACGUGCAAGGCCACAUUUGGUUGGCUCCGCCUCAACUGUAUGAACUCAGCAGAUUAGCGCAAAUCAAUAGCGCCGAAGACUUGAAAAUAUUUUCCAAGAAAAGGCAGCUGGACGGUAUCGAGCGUUGGCUUCCCAUCCGCUGCAAAACCAAGAAUGGGCAUAUUAUGACAAUACUUCCGGGUGAUUCGCUUUACCCUGAAACCGAAGAUACCCCUAGUGCAGAUAUCGAGGAAGAUGAUUCCAGCUCCGAAGCCACGUCAAAGAACAGGAUUAGUUUUUUCAGUCCAAAACUCUUCCGCAUCGGUUGUAACAUCGUCGAUCCACGUGGUCAUAAGCAGCCCAGAGAUUUGCUCGAGGAAAUAAAUGACAGCACUCUUCAAUCGAAUAUGUAAAUUACUCAUCAAAAAAGGUAAUUUACAUAAAAACAAUUGUUAAAAAUCCUCAGCUCUGCGUAUAAACUGGUAAUAUUCACUUGAAAUCACCCUCGAAAAAGGAAAAAUUGCCAAAACUGCAUUUGUUAUCGUUAAAUGCUCGUUUUUCUUGAUAAAAUUAUGUACACAUUUGCUUCGUUUCUGUAUACUGUGCAGCUAGAAAUGAAUAAGGCAGUGUUGCAUAUUCGAGAAAA